ACAACGACCUUCCUACUUUCCAUGGUGUCUGAGUGUCAGUACGUUCAGCCACAGCCAGCUCCUUCAUUCUGGUGCGGUCCUCUCCGCCUUGCAAACCAUGGCUUUCUUCACUCACCAAGUCAUCAGAGGUCUCUCCUCUUCUGCAGUCCGAAAUGCAGCGAUCAAACACGUUACGAUCAUCGGGGGUGGUCAGAUGGGUGCAGGUAUCGCACAGGUUGCUGCUACAACGGGCCAUUCGGUGGUGCUAGUUGACACAAAUGAGGAAAUCCUGAAGAAAUCCGCCAAGGGAAUAGAAGGCAGUCUGAAGAGGGUGGUCAAGAAGAAGUUUGCUGACAAGCCAGAUGCAGGAGCAGAGUUUAUUGCCAAGGUGAUGGCCAACGUGUCGAUAUCGACAGACGCAGCGUCUGUGGUGGGGAGUACAGACUUGGUGCUGGAGGCCAUUGUGGAGAACCUCAAGAUCAAACAGGGCCUCUUUGGUGCUCUGGACAAAGUGGCACCAGCACACACCAUUUUCGCCAGCACAACAUCCUCUCUGCCCAUCACCGACAUAGCCAGCUCCACCAGCAGGCUGGACAGAUUUGGAGGGCUGCACUUCUUCAACCUCCCCAUGAUGAAGCUGGUAGAGGUGAUUGGAACAUCAGCCACAAGCCAGGAGACCUUCGAUUCCCUCCUCACUUUCAGCAAAGCACUGGGAAAGACGCCAGUGUCCUGCAAAGACACUCCUGGGUUCAUUGUGAACCGCCUGCUGGUGCCCUACAUGAUGGAAGCCAUCAGGCUACAUGAGAGAGGCCACGGGUCAAAGGAGGACAUUGAUAUUGCCAUGAAGCUGGGCGCUGGGUAUCCCAUGGGGCCCUUUGAGCUGCUGGACUACGUAGGACUGGACACGGCUAAGUUCAUCAUGGACGGCUGGGUUGAGAAGGAUCCUGACAACCCGCUGAUGCAGCCCAGUGAGAUGCUGAACAAGCUGGUGGCCGAGGGCAAGUUCGGCAAGAAGACCGGAGAGGGCUUCUACAAGUACAAGUAACCCCGCCCCAGCA